GAGCUUAGCUUCUUUCCCCGAUUUUCUACUUCGGGUUCUACCACCUUCACGUCGUCGAGCCCAACAAUAGAGAGUGAAACCCAAAAGCUCCAAGCCCCAACCACCAUCUACUUAGGUACCGCGCUCCCUCGCCGGCAUAAGUUUCCCAGAUUUCAACCUUACAACUACACAUCCAAGGAGCCUGCAUCCUUUCCCCUCAUCGCUCGAUCUUCACAAUGGCGAAUCCACUUACCCCGCAGUCCAUACUGCAACUAAUGGCAGACGCUCUGCCAACGCACCCCAAAGGCGACACCACCUCCGACAUCAGUAGCGGAUACGAGCUGCCCGCCCUCCUAGCCCAUGCGUGCAUGGUAUCUCUCAAAUUCCGCCUCCUCGGCUUUGACGAGGAGAAGAGGAUAGAGGAAGAAAUCCAAAGCGUCGCCCCGCGACUGCCCGUAUCGUGGAAUGCCGGCUACGGCUCUCUCCGCUUUGUGUACGCCCACAAGCAGUCCUCCAUGACCUUCAUCAUCCGGGUCAGCAAGGUCGGCGGCAAAGUCGAGAUCAGCGGUCUAGCCGUCGGUCACGACGUCAUCCACAGAUUCGAAAUCAGUACAAAGGAUUUUGUCAACAGCGCUAAGCUUCCCCUGCGCAUCACACUCACCGAGGAUGGUACCGAGGACAGGAGCGACCUUGUCCAGAAACUCAAGGAUGCCUUUGUAUCCGAGUCCACCAUCACCACGCUUAUUGACCAGUUCAAAACGAACAUUAUUCAGAAACUUAUUCCAAAACUGCAAGCUGAAGGCUAUGAAGAGUCCCCCGACGACCGGGACGCCGCGGAAGGCGCACAGCGCGAAGGCCGUGCUCAAGCUGGUCGGCCCGGACGGCCAAUGCCCGGCGACCUCCCUGAUCCAGCUCGACCGUAUCACAUCAACGACCCUCUUGCUCAGCCUCCCAGGAGACCCAUUCCCGUUGGAGAUUUCCCUCCGCCCGAUUUCGAGGACGAAUAUGAAGUCAACAGGCCGCCUAGACCUUUGGGUGUCCCGGGUCGAUCUCCCUACAACAUUGGUCAUGAUGACCUGAACCCGCCUGGUCUAGGACCCCACGACCCCCUUAGGCCUCAUUUCAUCGGUGGCGGUGGUCUGCCUCGUCCUGGGGGUGGAGGCGGGAUGCAUCCAACUUUCGAUGACCCCCUGUUCGGCGGCCAAGGCGGGCAGGGUGGUGGCGGGUAUGAUCCGCAAGCUCCACCGGGAGCUAGGUGGGAUCCAAUCGGCCCAGGUGGCUUGCCCCGACAUGGUGGUGGGCGAGGAAACCCUUUUGGAGGACCGGGGGGCUUCGGUGGCUUUGGUGGUGAUAUUAUUUGAUUAUUUGAGAUGGCAAUCACCAUGACGCUAGGUUUACGAGAGAAUGACAAGGAAGGAAAACCGUCCCCAUAGCUGUAGUAUUACGCCUUAAUGAGAAAUGAGCCCAGUAUGAAUCAAAACU